GAGGAGGAGUUUGUUAAUGUUCAGUUUGUUCAGCGGGAUCGAUGUUUGCUGGCAUCGCCUCGCCCUGUCUUGUGUGUGUGAGUGUGUGAGUGUGCGUGCGUGUGUGUGUGUGUGCGCGCGUAUGUGGGGGGUGUGAGUGUGUGCGAGAGGAAGCGCGAGUGCGUGCGUGCGUGUGAGUGUGUGUCUGUGUGUGUGUCUGUGUGUGUGUGUGAGUGUGAGUGUGUGUGAGUGAGUGAAUUCCAGAUUUUCUGUCUUUCCCAAACCCGCUCCUGUCCUCUCGCAUAUCACUCACAGACGGGGAUCUGACAGCAGCCACAAACCUACAGUGAGUGAUCUCUCUCCCCCGGCGCGAAUCCGCCAUAGAGACCGGCGAGGAGGAGGCGGUGGAGGAGGAGGAGGAGGAGGAGGAGGAGGAGGAGGAGGAAGAGCAGGAGGAGGUGGAGGAGGAGGGAAAGAGGAGAAGGAAGAAGAAGAAAAAGAAGAAGAAACCACUACCUUCCCAGGAUUGCCUUUUUUCCCCCUUAUCUUUACGCGCGCGUGUGCGUGUGGCGCGUGUGCGCCCCUCGUCCCUUCCAUCCGAACGCGGUCUUGGAUGUUUAAUAAAGAAAUCAAGUGUCUCAACAGUCACCAAAAAAAAAAAAAAAAAAAAAAAAAACCAAAAAACCAAAAAUUUCCAAAAAGCAAAAACAAAAAGAGAGAGAGAGAGAGGAAAAAAAAAUCCAAAACAAACAAACAAACAAGGCAGAACCAACCUCUACUUCAAACCAGCCGGCACAAGCCACCCGUGUCCGCCACCCAGAGAGGGGGGUCUCUGGCCCGUGGUGGAGGAGUUGCAGGGGGGAUCGCCAGGGGGACAGAGGCCGAGUGACGCCCUAGGAGCCACCGGGCAGGAGGCGGAGGAGACCCAGAGAGGCGAGAGAGCAGCGGGCCCCCGCGCGCGGCUCGGGGCUGGGGCGCCAGAAGUGGGACUGGAGCGAAGUAGAGCGAUGCCAAGGAGGAAACAGCAGGCACCCAAGCGGGCGGCAGGUCAGAGACUGUGCAAGGUGGCAUGAGAAAACUAGGUUGCCUACUUCCAGGGGAGCCUCCUUCAAAACAGGGAGGCUGCAAGAGAUGUGAAACUUCACUUGGUCUGAUGUUGGCAAACUCCAGUUUCUGCUGGUGUCACAAAGGUAGCAUGUUCCAAGAUCCUGAGAUGUUCCUUUCUUCACACAACAUGUAUGAAAUCGGCAUACGUUCUCCGGUUUUGGUGCGCCAUGAUUUGACUGGCAACACUUUUGUCCCCACUUUCUUGACCGGUAAUAACCAUAGCAUCAAAAACAUCUUAAAGUCAACUUACUGUCAUAACAAGGCUACGCCCAGGAGGAACAGCUGAAGGAACAGGAGGCCAUAAAAGAAGAAGAGGAGGAAGAGGAGGACGGGGGUUCAGUAGCUCAGCUUCAGGGCAGCAAUGACCCAGGGACAGAUGAGGAGCUAGAAACGGGCCCAGAGCAGAAGGGCUGCUUCAGCUACCAGAACUCUCCCGGAAGCCACUUGUCCAAUCAGGACGCGGAGAAUGAGUCUCUGCUGAGCGAUGCCAGUGACCAGGUCUCAGACGCCAAGAGCGUCUGCGGUCGGGAUGCCCCGGACCAGAAAGCCAGCGUGCACCCAAAGCUGCCCGGGGAAAGCCACAACUGCAUGGAUAAAAUGACCGCUGUCUACGCCAACAUCCUGUCGGAUUCCUACUGGUCGGGCCUGGGCCUCGGCUUCAAGCUGUCCAGCAGCGAGCGGCGGAAUUGUGACACCCGCAAUGGCAGCAGCAAGACUGAUUUCGACUGGCACCAAGACGCGCUGUCCAAAAGCCUCCAGCAGAACUUGCCUUCCCGAUCCGUGGGGAAGCCCAGCCUGUUCAGCUCGGUGCAGCUGUACCGGCAGAGCACCAAGAUGUGCGGGACCGUGUUCACCGGGGCCAGCAGGUUCCGCUGCCGACAGUGCAGCGCCGCCUACGACACCCUGGUCGAGCUGACCGUGCACAUGAACGAAACGGGCCACUACCAAGAUGACAACCACAAGAAGGACAAGCUGCGCCCCGCCAGCUACUCGAAGCCCCGGAAGAGGGCUUUCCAGGACAUGGACAAGGAGGACGCUCAGAAGGUUCUCAAGUGCAUGUUCUGUGGCGACUCCUUCGAUUCCCUCCAAGAUCUGAGCGUCCACAUGAUAAAAACAAAACAUUACCAAAAAGUGCCUUUGAAGGAGCCAGUCCCAACCAUUUCCUCGAAAAUGGUCGCUCCGGCCAAGAAACGCGUCUUCGACAUCAACCGACCGUGCUCCCCCGAUUCGACCACGGGCUCGCUGGCAGAUCCCUUCUCUUCCCAGAAGCCCGCCGGCCUGCCGCUGUCCUCCAACAACCGCUACGGCUACCAGAACGGCGCGAGCUACACCUGGCAGUUCGAGGCCUGCAAGUCCCAGAUCCUCAAGUGCAUGGAGUGCGGGAGCUCCCACGACACACUGCAGCAGCUCACCACCCACAUGAUGGUCACGGGCCACUUCCUCAAGGUCACCAGCUCAGCCUCCAAGAAGGGGAAGCAGCUGGUGUUGGACCCACUGGCCGUGGAGAAGAUGCAGUCGCUGUCAGACGCCCCGAGCAGUGACUCGCUGGCUCCCAAGCUGUCUGGGAACUCGGCUUCCGAUGGCGCGGCCUCUACCACCGAGCUGAAGAAAGAGGGCAGGAAGGAAAAACCGGAGGAGAGCAGCAAGGAUGAGAAAGGCAUGAAGCGGGAGGAGUAUGAGGACCCUCUGCAAAAGCCUUUAGACCCCACUAUAAAAUACCAGUAUCUAAGGGAGGAGGAUUUGGAGGACGGCUCCAAGGGCGGAGGGGACAUUUUGAAGUCAUUGGAAAACACCGUCACCACAGCCAUCAACAAGGCCCAGAACGGGGCUCCCAGCUGGAGCGCGUACCCCAGCAUCCACGCAGCCUACCAGCUGUCGGAGGGCACCAAGCCUGCUUUGCCCAUGGGAUCCCAGGUCCUGCAGAUUCGACCUAACCUCACCAACAAGCUGAGGCCAAUUGCACCCAAGUGGAAAGUGAUGCCGCUGGUCUCGGUGCCCGCCAACCUGGCCCCAUACACCCACGUGAAGAAGGAGCCCGACGACAAAGAGGAGGCCGCCAAGGAUUGCGGGAAAGAAAGCCCCCGGGAGGAGGCAUCGCCUUUCAGCCACAGUGAGGGGGACGCUUUCUCCAAAAGCGAAACCCCUUCCGAAUCCCAGAAGGCCGAGCCUUGCCUCCUGAAGGAGGAGGCCAGGCUGGCAGAGGAGGGAGGCGAGCCCGAGAAACGCGCGCCCCUGGAGCCCGCGCCCUCUCUCAGCAACGGGUGCGCCCUCCCCACGCGGGCGCCGGCCCUGCCGUGCAUCAACCCGCUCAGCGCCCUGCAGUCCGUCCUCAACAAUCAUCUGGGCAAGGCCACGGAACCCCUGCGCUCCCCUUCCUGCUCCAGCCCGAGCUCAAGCACAAUUUCGAGGUUCCACAAGUCCAAUCUCAGCGUCUUGGACAAGCCGGGCUUGAGUCCCGCCCCCACGCGGCCGGCCCCCGUGUCCAGGCGCUACCUGUUUGAGAGCAACGAUCAGCCCAUCGACCUGACCAAGUCCAAGAGCAAGAAAGCCGAGUCCUCGCAAGCACAGUCCUGCACGUCCCCGCCUCAGAAGCACGCUCUGUCUGACAUCGCUGACAUGGUCAAGGUCCUCCCCAAAGCCACCACGCCGAAGCCCGCCGUUUCCUCACGGGGCGCCCCCAUGAAGCUGGAAAUGGACGUCAGGCGCUUCGAGGAUGUCUCCAGCGAGGUCUCGACUUUGCAUAAAAGGAAAGGUAGGCAGUCCAACUGGAACCCUCAGCACCUCCUGAUCUUGCAGGCACAGUUCGCCUCAAGCCUCUUCCAGACGUCGGAGGGCAAGUACCUGCUGUCCGACCUGGGCCCUCAAGAGAGAAUGCAGAUCUCCAAGUUCACAGGGCUCUCGAUGACCACCAUCAGCCACUGGCUGGCAAACGUCAAGUACCAACUUAGGAAGACGGGCGGGACAAAGUUUCUGAAAAACAUGGACAAAGGACACCCUAUCUUUUAUUGCAGUGACUGUGCCUCCCAGUUUAGAACCCCUUCAACUUACAUCAGUCACUUAGAGUCCCACCUAGGUUUCCAAAUGAAGGACAUGACCCGCAUGGCCGUGGAACAGCAAAGCAAGGCGGAACAAGAGAUCUCCCGGGUGUCAUCGGCUCAGAGGUCUCCGGAAACAAUAGCUGGUGAAGAGGACACAGACUCUAAAUUCAAGUGUAAGUUGUGCUGUCGGACAUUUGUGAGCAAACAUGCAGUAAAACUCCACCUAAGCAAAACGCACAGCAAGUCACCCGAACACCAUUCACAGUUUGUAACAGACGUGGAUGAAGAAUAGCUCUGCAGGUAUGGGUUUGCUCCCAGGUGAUGGGACAGUAGCCUUGUGAGGAGCUUCUUGAUGGGAGAUGGGUCCAUUUAGAGGCAGCUCAUGUCUCUCAGUACCAAGAGGACAGUAGCCUGCUGGCAUAGGACUUAUUUGUAUGAGAGACUAGAACAUGAUAAGUCCUAACCAUCUCAAUGUCUCCCGGUGAGAGUUGGUGGAUAGAAUGAAAUGGGUUCAGAGAGAUGGAGUUCACAGAUUACCGCUUCGUGGUAUGUGACCCCCUUACUGACCCAGGGCCCAACUCUGAAGGUCCAGCCAAGGCUACGCCUCUUUUAAUUAAUACGUAUGGACUUCGUCACUGCCCCGGUUCACCCCUCACCUUCCCAUAGCGACGCUAAUGACUUAGAAAGUGAGUGAAGGGUGAGCAGCAGAACGAAGAGUGUAGAGUUUCUGGGGGCAGCCACUAUGCAGAGAUUUCUUAAUCAGCUCGUGAACUUUAUUAUUAUUACUUGUAAUUAAUGCUUUUUGCAGCUUCCUUUCGGGGCAAAUGCUACCUUCCCCUUCCGUUCCUCUCUUUCUUGCCUCCAGUAGGUUUGCUAGGAGAGAGCAUCUGCCCUGUAGUCAGAUGGCAGGAAAAUAUUCUCUGCAGAACAUUGAGGUGAAAAGAGAGGAAGCUUAUUUUCUUCUCUCGUCCUCUGGUUUGCUUUAGGAUAGGCUAAUAUCAGCGUUCACCUUUAACCAAGAUAAAUGCGCUGCAUGCCCUUGAGAGUUUACUUUGCCUAAAGAAACAGAUGACUUUCUGAACACCCAUCGUCAAUGGGCAUGAGGUCGGUCCCACUUCAGCUUCAAGAUCAUUUGCAUCAUGUAUCAGAGAAGUUCUGUGCCUUGUAUAGUCACUGGUGCCCAGACUCUCUAUGUCACCUCCAGGAAAGAGGACAGAGACCAGGGUCAAAUACCUUGGCAGGCUUUGCCACACCCGCCGCUUUCAAAUGUUUCCCAGACUGGGUCUUCACGCAAUCCUUUCAUCUCCUUUUUUUUUUUUUUUUUUUUUUUGUAUUUUGUCUGCUUCCUUCUCUCUCCUCCUCAGCAUGAUACCCCCUACGUGCUAGGGACCCCUAUACGUACCCAAGCUGUCCUCCACCUCAGGUCCCACCCGCAAUGGGGACCUGACCUGACUUAAAGCUUCAGCACUGGCAAGUCCAGUUAAUGCCAUGCUAGGUGACCGAUUCGGUCUUUUGGUUACUUCACAAUAAGAGUAUCAACAGUCAGUGACAACAUAGAAGCCCUCACCACCCCGUACUGUCAGAGCAUUUGUUCCUGAAUAGGAGACUUUCACAUCGAGGUCUGAGCAAUAGCUGAGCUCCAGGCGGAGGAAGGGUACUUAGGUGGUGUAGCUUUGGGCUCGCCUCGUGGUCAGGUAGGGAGAUUUGCCAAGUGUGAGGAUGGUCAAGAUGAAAUAAAGGGUGAAAAUCUGGGACCGUCCCCUUACUGAGAAGAUCUAAGAGCUUCCGAUGAAGGGGGCAUCCCAUACUAUAACUCUAAUGGUUCCGUGGGCCCAAAUGAAGACUGUUGUUUUGUUUGCAUGUUUUUAUCAUGAUAAUUAAAAUGUGUUACUAGCAGAUUCAUCUCUUGCUUUCCAAGCAUGAUUUGUUCAGCUCACACCAUUGAAAGAAAAGCCAAAACUCAUCUAUUGAAUCUAUAAGUGAGCUUGGGGCUUGGCAACAUUCUAUUUAUUUGCUAUAUAACAUUUUAUAUCUUAUGUAACUUGCUAUUAUACUUUUCUGGUCCUUGAAAAAAAAAAGGUGGAUAUAUACAGAAUACUCAGAGAGAAGAGAGAUGUUUCCAAUCCCAUAGUGGUAGGUCCAAACCAUGGUGAAGAGGACAAAUAGGUAAUGUUUAUUUGUGCUACAAUAAAGACCAAUUUUCCACCUGUUAGGUUUGUAAUCAUUCUUUGAAAAAAAAUAUCACUGCCAAAACAUUGCGAUACAUAAAUAGAACGA